UCCCCACAGAACACGAUUUAAUGCUUUGCGAGAAGUAAAACCUGUGGAACUUCCUAACUGCAACUUGGUUAAAGGAGUCGAAAUCGGCUCAGAAGACUUGGAGAUACUGCCUAAUGGAGUGACUUUCAUUAGCUCUGGACUAAAAUAUCCUGGAAUAAAGAGCUUUGAUCCUGAUAAGCCUGGACAAAUACUUCUGAUGGACCUGAAUGAAGAAGACCCAGCAGCGUUGGAAUUGAAGAUCACCGGGAGCAACUUUGAUUUAUCUUCAUUUAACCCUCAUGGGAUUAGCACAUUCACUGAUGAAGAUAAUGUCGUGUACCUGCUGGUGGUGAACCAUCCAGACCUCCAGACCACGGUGGAGUUGUUUAAAUUUCAAGAGGAAGACAAAUCACUCUUGCAUCUAAAAACCAUCAGACACAAACUUCUGCCGAGUUUGAAUGACAUUGUUGCUGUGGGACCUGAACACUUUUAUGCCACAAACGAUCACUACUUUGUUGACCCCUACCUACGCUCCUGGGAGUUAUAUCUGGGAUUAGCGUGGUCGUAUGUCGUCUACUACAGUCCAGAUGAAGUCCGAGUGGUGGCAGAAGGAUUGGAUUUUGCCAAUGGAAUCAACACGUCCCCUGAUGGCAAGCACGUCUAUAUCUCCGAGUUGCUGGCUCACAGGAUUCACGUGUAUGAAAGGCAUGCUAACCAGACGCUGACUCCAUUGAAGUUCCUCGACUGUGACACACUCGUGGAUAACAUAUCCGUGGACCCCGUGACGGGGGACCUGUGGGUUGGAUGCCAUCCCAAUGGCAUAAGGAUCUUCAUCUAUGACCCAGAGAAUCCUCCUGCAUCAGAGGUCCUUCGAAUCCAGAACAUUUUAACAGAAGAACCCAAAGUGACAGUGGUUUACAAAGAGAAUGGCACCGUGUUGCAAGGUAGCACGGUUGCCUCCGUGUACAAAGGGCAGCUGCUGGUUGGCACGGUCUUCCACAAGGCCCUGCACUGUGAGCUCUAGCUGGCGACUCGCAGCCGUGCCUGGAAGCU